ACUUUCCGCUCGUCCGCCGCUCGAGGCUCGUGUUUGUGAGUCAUAGUUACUUAUCGCCUGUUGCAGUUUCGGCUCCGUUUCGUAGCGAAGCACAUUUCGAUCGCAAAGUAUACUGUUAAGAUGCCGAUUAUGGUAGGAGGAGUGUCUGAGCAAGUCAAGGAUGCCGACGACACCGCGAGAGAAAUCUGCGAAAAGGUCCGUCCGGAGGUGGAAUCUCGUGCUGGCAAGACCUUUGCAGAGUUCACGCCCCUCAAAUACAAGACGCAACUCGUGAACGGCGUCAAUUACUUCAUCAAAGUUCGCGUUGGCGCCGACCAGCACAUCCAUAUCCGUGCGCACAAGGCUUUCAGUGGAGAGGUUACUUUCUCCGCUCACCAAGAAGACAAGAGCCUCGAAGAUGAAAUCGUGCACUUCCAGUGAACCUUGAAACAACGGACUGCCUACCUGGUUUUGUAACUAAACAGCGUACACCGCAAAAUAAAAUAUUUUGAUGAGAAA